AUGGUGGCGACCAGGAGAGGAGUGUUCGUGACUUUAUCAACUAAAACGAACGUCGAGCAACAGUCCGACGUCCAGGACACUCCCUCCACUGGUCGUAGAACUAGAAAUGCCGCCAAGCAAGCAGAGAGCUCUCAGCCGCCCGUUUCCGUGGAGACCUGCAGCAAGAGCGAUGCCGAGCCUCCGUCCUCCUCCCUCACCCCCCCUAAGAAAAGGUGCACCAGAGCGUCCAGACUGCACAGCCCGGAGCAGCCGUGCACGCCGGCGGGCUCCACCCACGAGGCCGACGUGUCGGACCUGGAGUCCUGCUGCUCCGUGGCGUCUGAGCCGGACGCCCCGCUGACCCGCAGCCGGGCCCGGGGCCGGACGCCCCGCGCCGCCACCGGCCGGCCCACCCACGACGACCUGUCCGACGCCGAGUCCUGCUCCUCUUCGGAAUCCAAGCCCGGAGCCGGCCUCCGCCGGAGCGCCAGGAGCAAGCCGGCUCCGGCCAGCAGCGUCCUGCCGGAGACCCGGCCCUGCAGCGUGGUGGUCACCGAGUCCCAGCGGGUCACCAGGAGCCUGCGGAGAGCCGUUCACUCCCGGCUCGCCGCCCAGCAGCCGGCCGAGGACUCGGAGCUCUCAGACGCCGACAGCUGGACCUCCGGCGCGUCCAGGCGCCGAUCCCGCCGGCAGCUGAGGCCCAUCCCCAUGCUGCUGGACGAGGUGUCAGAGGGCUCUCUGUCCCCCUCCCAGACCGGCCGGCGCACCCGGGCGGCCAGCAGGAGAAAAGAAUCUGCCCCAGACGCCGGCGAGCCUCCGUCCUGCGACUCUGAGGGGUUUGAAUCCGGGCCGGCCUACAGCCUGACCGCUCGCCGCCGGACCAGGGCCGGGUCUGCGGCCCCCAGGGCGGGGGGGUCAGACUCAGAGCUGACGGACGCGCCCUCCGCUGUGGGCAGCCCCGACAGAGCCCCCCCCUGCAGCAGCCGUGGAGGCUCGGGGGCCAGCCGCCGCCGGGCGCCGGCCUCCAGCCCGCCGGCCCAGGCCCGUCCAGCUGAGGCCUGUCCGGCUGAGGCCGGUCCGGCUGCCGGGGGGGAGGAGGACCAGUCGCUCAACGACUCCAGGCUGGACAGCACGCUCAUCGUGGAGGACGCGGACGUCACCCUGCUGGAGGGGGGCGACGUCCCAGCCCCCCAUGAAGAAGACGCCAUGGAAAGCCCCACUCUCACCGUCAGCCAAUCAGAGGCCCGGGGGCCAGACGGCGGCGAGGACGCCGCGGGGCAGCCUGCAGCGAGCCCCGGCGGCCAGCAGGGGGAGCCGGCGGCCGCAGAUGAGGACCAGGACGUCUCAGAGAUGGAGGUGAUGCAGGAAACCGUCCCCCCGCCGGACCCCCCCCAACCGGACACGGCAACCACACGCCAGGGGGCGCCAGAGGAGGAGGGCCAGCAGGACGCUGCCCGCUCCCCUCUGCCCCCGCCGGCCGCCGGGCCCCCGGGGGAGGGCGCCGCGGCGGCAGGGCGGCCGGAGGGAGGGGAGGAGGAGCAGGAUGGUGGGGUGAAGGCAGACGCCCAGGUGGCGCCCCCCCUGGCUACUCCUGUCCAGGCGGCGCCCAGCCCAGCGGCUGUCCAGGUGCCGCCCGUCCAGGUGACGUCGGUCCAACAGCCCACGGUCAUCGUGGACUCCGACUCCGAGGGGCCCGGAGACGUCCUGGUGCGGAAACCUAAAGUCAUCAGCCUGCUGGACAGCAGCUCUGAUGAAGAGGAGGAAGAGGAGGAGGAGGAGGAGGAAGUUUCUGAAGAGGAAUAUUCUGAGCGCCGGAGGGAGGAGGGGGGGGAGGCCUCUGAUAGGCCGACGGCGGCAGCAUCAGUAGACGGUCUGUUUAUGAUCGACACCCGACCAGGACAAGACUCGGACCCCCAGUUCUACAGACCGGACCAGGAGGAAGAGGAGGAGGCCCCCAGUAAAGCAGCUGAGGAGGAGGAGGAAGAGUUUGUGGAUGAGGAAGGGGACGAUGACGAGGACGAAGACGCCCAGCAGCCGGGCCCCCGGUCAGCAGCCGGGCCCCCGGUCAGCAGCCGGGCCCCGGUCAGCAGCCGGGCCCCCGGUCAGCAGCCGGGCCCCGGUAUCUGCCUCCCGGUCAGCAGCCGGCCUUUUCUGCACCACUAUCAGGAAGUAAAGCUUUUACUGGGGGCUGUGUUGAGUGGUCGGGUGUUGGGUCCUCGGUCAGAGCUAAUUAGAUCUAUCAGAGUCCUCCUGCAGCCGGAUCAGAGCCUCUGGGUGCUGAUCCUGGAGCUGGUGUUCCUCAGAGAGUUGUCCAGCCGUAUUGACCCCGGCGUGGGAGUGAAGCAGCUCGGGGGUUUAUACAUCAGUUUGGAUGGCAGCAAAUCAAAACCUGUCUCCAGCUCGCUGCAAAAACUGAAGGAAAAGAAGAUCCAAGAGGAGGUGAUGAAGAAGAGCGUGAUCGGGGCGGAUUUUGAGAAGAAGGAGGCGGUGCCGUCGUACAGUGAAUCCAAACAGGCCCUGAAGCUGAAGCACAGGACAGAGAGGCAGAAAACCACGGGGGACGGCUGGUUUGAUAUGAAGGCCCCGGAGGUUUCUCAGGAGCUGAAAGGAGACCUGCACCUGCUGAAGAUCCGAGGCUCCUUAGACCCCAAGAGAUUCUACAAGAAGAACGACAGAGACGGCUUUCCCAAAUAUUUCCAGGUCGGCACCGUGGUGGACAGCCCCGUCGACUUCUACCAUUCCCGCAUUCCCAAGAAGGAGAGGAAGAGAACCAUGGUGGAGGAGCUGCUGGCUGACGCCGACUUCAGACACCAAAACAAAAAGAGGUUCCAGCAGAUUAUGACGGAGAAAGCCGCCCGGGGAGCCGGCAAGAGGAAGCAGAAGAACAAAUUCCAGAAGAAAAAGAACCUAAAGACUCAGUGA